UUGGUGGACGUAGCGAUGCGCACGCACUAUUUACCAAACCACCACUCCACUACAAAUAAGCCGCACCGCAUUUCGAAAGGCCUCACGAGCGACAGCCAGUCACCACCUACCCGAAGCCGCCGCGACCGAUCGAGCCGAGCGCCCCGCCCCCACGCCGCGCCGCGCCGCGCCGCCACCGAAACCCUAGCUCCUCCUCCUCCUCCUCAGCCAUGGCCACCGUCUCGCUCACGCCGCAGGUGGUCUUCUCCACCGAGUCGGGCGGCGCCCUCUCCUCCGCCACAAUCCUCCGUUUCCCGCCAAACUUCGUGCGCCAGCUCAGCACCAAGGCCCGCCGCAACUGCAGCAACAUCGGCGUCGCGCAGAUCGUCGCCGCGGCGUGGUCGGACUGCCCCGCCGGCCGCCCCCACUCCGGCGGCGGCGGCGGUCAGCGCAAUCCCCAACGCUAACGUUGCGCAGCCAUCCGCCGUCGUACAGGCCGAGCGUAACCUGCUCGGCUCCGACGCCAGCCUUGCCGUCCACGCGGGCGAGAGGCUGGGAAGAAGGAUCGCCACGGAUGCGAUCACCACGCCAGUAGUGAACACGUCGGCCUACUGGUUUAACAACUCGCAAGAGCUAAUCGAUUUCAAGGAGGGGAGGCAUGCUAGCUUCGAGUACGGGAGGUAUGGGAACCCGACCACAGAGGCGUUGGAGAAGAAGAUGAGCGCACUGGAGAAAGCUGAAUCCACUGUGUUUGUGGCGUCGGGGAUGUAUGCAGCUGUCGCUAUGCUCAGCGCACUUGUCCCAGCUGGUGGGCACAUUGUGACCACCACUGAUUGCUACCGCAAGACAAGAAUUUACAUGGAAAAUGAGCUCCCUAAGAGGGGAGUUUCGAUGACUGUUAUUAGGCCUGCUGACAUGGAUGCUCUCCAAAAUGCAUUGGACAAUAAUAAUGUAUCUCUUUUCUUCACCGAGACUCCUACGAAUCCAUUUCUCAGAUGCAUUGAUGUUGAGCUUGUCGCAAAUAUGUGCCAUAGCAAGGGAGCUCUGCUUUGCAUUGACAGUACUUUUGCCUCCCCUAUCAAUCAGAAGGCACUAACUUUAGGUGCUGACCUAGUUAUUCAUUCUGCAACAAAGUACAUUGCUGGACACAAUGACGUUAUUGGAGGAUGUGUCAGUGGCAGAGAUGAGUUAGUUUCCAAAGUCCGCAUUUAUCACCAUGUAGUUGGUGGCGUUCUGAACCCGAAUGCUGCCUACCUGAUCCUUCGGGGCAUGAAGACACUGCAUCUCCGUGUGCAAUGUCAAAAUAACACUGCUCUGCGGAUGGCCCAAUUUUUAGAGGAACAUCCAAAGAUUGCACGUGUCUACUAUCCUGGUUUGCCGAGUCACCCUGAACAUCACAUUGCCAAGACCCAAAUGACUGGCUUUGGUGGUGUUGUCAGUUUUGAGGUUGCUGGGGAUUUUGACGGUACAAGGAGAUUCAUUGAUUCUGUUAAGAUACCCUAUCAUGCCCCUUCUUUUGGAGGCUGUGAGAGCAUUAUCGAUCAGCCUGCCAUCAUGUCUUACUGGGAUUCAAAGGAGCAGAGGGACAUAUACGGGAUCAAGGACAACCUGAUCAGGUUCAGCAUUGGAGUGGAGGAUUUCGAGGAUCUGAAGAAUGAUCUUGUUCAAGCCCUUGAGAAGGUCUAAUCACUUGAUUCGUUCACUUUAAUAUUCAUAUCAGAUCACGGUUGUCCUGGAUCUUGAGAGAUCUGUGAGAAUAUUUGAGCCGAUGGCUGCCAAUAAUUUCUCUCCUUUUGCUUAAUUUGUUCUUUCAUUCCAAUAAGUUGAGCUCUCUGUACUGUGCAGUCUCGUGAUUGUCGCAGGAUGCAGUGUUGAACUUGUUCUUGUCAAAGUUCAGUUGAUCACUUGAUUGGCCUCA